UAAGGCAAUCCGGAAGUGGAUGUAAAGAAGAGAUGCCACUUGGCGGCCAUGGCAGCUGUAGUACUGGUGGCUCCGGGUCAAGGCCCAGCAGAGUGGAGUAACAUGGGUAGCACUGGGUAUAGGGCAGAGACAGCUUUGUAUCAGCUUCCCUGCUGAGCCCCUACGACCAAUCGUUAGAGACCUGCAGGACUCCUUUCCUCAUCCUAGACUCGGAGAGGAGUUUGCUGGGAUUGGUGGGCUGGUCCCAGACCUGGAGGAAUCACCGGCGGGGCUGCUCCAGGGAGAUAGGGGCGCCCGGAGAACAAACAUCUUCGCUUGGAUUUUUCCUUUUGUUGCUGCCGCCCGGAACGUUGUGGAGGAAGUAGGCCUGUUAUGCUACCCUUAUAACAAUGAUUGAAUAACUCGCUCAUUCGCAUAUUUUCCCCCUGGACUUUUCUCAUCUGUUAACCCACGAGAAUCCAGUGACUGAUAUCUGAAAACUUAGGGGCUGCGACCUAAGAUUGCUCAAAGUUCUCUCUGGUGCUAGUAUCAACAAAAAGGGAGUGUUUCCAGGUACCUUCAAGAGAACAGUGCCUCGUGAACAUAUCUGCUGGUGGGGAGGACAAAAGAACUGGGAAGUCUACUUGUUCUGCUGAAACAACCACACGCGUUUAAGAACCUAAGUACCCUUUGAGACCACCGAAAAUUUGUACUCUGGUGGUGGUGAGUGAAUAAAGGAGGGCAGAAUGGAUGAUUUCAUCUCUAUUAGUCUGCUGUCUCUGGCUAUGUUGGUGGGAUGUUACGUGGCUGGAAUCAUUCCUUUGGCUGUUAAUUUCUCAGAGAGAUAAAUUUGAUGUGUUGGAGUGUAUGUCCUGUGCCACGUGAUGGAUAUUGGGGAUGUACAGGAGCGACUGAAGCUGGUGACUGUUUUGGGUGCUGGCCUUCUCUGUGGAACCGCACUGGCGGUCAUCGUGCCUGAAGGAGUACACGCACUUUAUGAAGAUAUUCUUGAGGGAAAACACCACCAAACAAGUCAAACACAGAAUGUGAUUGCAUCAAACAAAGUAGCAGAAAUACCAGUUGCCCAUGAACAUGAGCACAGCCAUGACCACACACAGCUACACGCCUACAUCGGUGUUUCCCUUGUACUGGGCUUCGUUUUCAUGUUGCUGGUGGACCAGAUUGGCAGCUCCCAUGUGCAUUCUACUGACGAUCCAGAAACAGCAAGGCCUAGCAAUUCCAAAAUCACCACCACGCUGGGUCUGGUCGUCCAUGCUGCAGCUGAUGGUGUUGCUUUGGGAGCAGCAGCUUCUACUUCACAAACCAGUGUCCAGUUAAUUGUGUUUGUGGCAAUAAUGCUACAUAAGGCACCAGCUGCCUUUGGGCUGGUUUCCUUCUUAAUGCACGCAGGCCUCGAGCGGAAUCGAAUCAGAAAGCACUUACUGGUCUUUGCACUGGCAGCACCAGUUAUGUCCAUGGUGACAUACUUAGGACUAAGUAAGAGCAGUAAAGAAGCCCUUUCAGAAGUCAAUGCCACUGGAGUGGCCAUGCUUUUCUCCGCGGGGACAUUUCUUUAUGUUGCCACCGUACAUGUCCUCCCCGAGGUGGGCGGAAUGGGGCACAGCCACAAACCCGAGCCCACUGGAGGACGAGGGCUCAGCCGCCUGGAGGUGGCAGCUCUGAUCCUGGGUUGCCUCAUCCCGCUCAUCCUGUCAGUAGGACACCAGCAUUGACUGCGGAGGGUCCAGCGUCAGCCCAUGGCCGUCUGCCAUCCAGCGAGAACAGCCAGCACCUGACAGCCGCUCACUUCCUCAGUCUCUCGUCUCACCUUGCCCAUCCCCACCUGUAUCCUAAAGAGUCCACAGGGAGGUGAGAUGAAAACCCAGAGUAACGGAAAGCUUUUCAAGUAGAAACAACACACCGCAGUUGGAUACAGACAUUCCGUUGUGUUGUCUUUUCAAGGGCCCUUGGCAUUUUGAGUUUUGAUGUUUCUCUUAACCCUAUUCUCAGGGAAGAUGGAAUUUAGUUGUAAGGAAAAGUGGAGACCUUCAUACUCAUAAUGAAUUAAUUACGAAAGUACAGUAUUGUGUAAUUAAGCUACAUCUCUUCGUUUGUGGAGGCGCUGCCAUUUUACCCAUUGAAUUUGAACAUGGUUUGCACCGCGUGAGACUGGUGCUGUAGCAUCUAUGCCACAUGCCUUGAUAGAAGGUCCUAACGCCCACUGUCUUAGAUGCUAAAGAUGAAUGUAGUUCAUCUGGGGCUAGAGUGAGGAAAAUGAUGGCAAGACACAUUGAAAGCUAACUUUAUACUUGAGAGAGAGCCGUUGAAGAGGGGAUGUCUGGAGAGACUUAAACACCGCCUUCGCCACGGGCCUCUUAAAGAGAGCCUGCCGCUCCAUCAAAUGGAGCAACAGAGGUGGACGGACUAGCUUUUAAAGGGGUGACUGGUGUUUUAUAGCAUUUCUUUUCACGUUCUCCUUUGUUGAGAGUACCUGCCUCCAAGACAUUCUUCGUAGAGAGAAGCCAAGUUCUAGUAGGUUCAGGCCUAGGCUUUCCUUCAAGUUAGAUUACCAAAACCUAUGUUGUCCCUUUUUUUUUUAAGUAUUUAUCUUAGCAGACCAGCAGUCUCUCUGGCAAAAUACUUUUGGUGCCCCUUGGAAAGUGUUAGGUCAGCAUCCCAGAAGCACCUGUAGUAGUGAAGAACGGCAAAGGGGAAGUGUUUGCCUGUUGAUUUAAAGCUUAUUAAAAUCAUGUCUCUUGUUUCUUCAUCUUAUCCAUGCUUUUCUCCUAACUUUCCCUCCAGUCCUUCCUCCCCACAGUUUGCUGCUUACUGCUGGUGGCGAUGUUAGUAUUUGUGUGAGUUGAGUUCUCCUCAGGACAACCACUUCUGGAACCGUGAUGAUGAAGAUAAUACUGUCUCUGUUCUUUAGUCCCAUCAGUGAAGUUACCUGUGUGUCAAAUGCAGCUUUGUUAAGCCCUUUAAAAUAUCACUUCAUCAUAUGUGAGAUGACACAAUCACUAAUAUUCUGGUAAUUUAAACCAUUGAAGUAGUAAAAGUGUUACGCAAACUAGGAUAAUUUUUCCACCUUUGCCAAAAUCCCUGUAAACCUUGUGUUAUCAAAUAAGUGUAUAAUAUUGUAUUAUUAAUUUAUUUUGAUUUUGUGUACCAUUUUGAAACACAUUGCAUAAAGAGGGAACCAAGACGGUUUUCUUCAGGGCAUCAGAUCUAGGAGUUCAUAAAACAUUUGAUAUGACACAUAAGCCAGCAUGCCUAGAAUUUCUUUAUUUCCUUCCUGGAUCUGUCACUGGGUCAGCAGCUAUGGAAAGAGAACUUGCGAGCCCUCUGCUGGCUGUAGACCAAAGUAGCAGAAGCUAGAUCUGGUUUGGGAUAGUGGCUGGCAACCACUGCGUACAUUAAAACCAACAGAAGGAACAGUAUGAAAGUCCUAGUGACUUUGCUGGUAUCAGCUCUGAUUAGGAGAGUCACAAGGUUUCAUCUGGUCCUUCAAACUGACAUGGUUGCCUUGAUUCUCCCUGGAAAUUUACUUUGUUUAAAAAAAAAACAACAUUAGCUCAUUUUCAUGUCUGGUUGAGUUUGGAUAGUGGCACUUUCUAUCAUAUUGUCGUGUGCAAUGAUCAGAAAUUUGUUCUGUGGCCAAAGUCUCCUUCAGCAGUGCCUUGCCAUCACACUUCAAAGUCUGGCUGGAAUAUCUUGCUGGGUAGGGCCUUGAACUCUGGCAAGGAUCGAACCAUCUCACUUCCCAAUUUGCCUUCCCCUCUGAACCUCACAUUAACAAGCAAACUUUUUGAGGCCCAUCAGCUCCCAGAAGCUGUGGGCUGUCCCAGAUUUUAAAGCUGCCAUCUCAGGAACUACUCAUUUCCCUCCUGGUCAGCAGGCAGCAAUAGCCAUACUAAUCUUACAGGGCUCACAUGCAUCUUCAGGCAGCAGGGACCUGAGCAGCAUGCAGAGGCCUUCCCACGGGGAAGAACUCACUCACGGCAUCCCAGGAGAGGCCACGCGGAUGGUCCAUUUCAGUUCCGUUUUCCUCUUGUUUAAAACUGCCUCCUCAGAUGUGGAUGCCUUAAUGUUCUCACGCAUUUGAAAACAUUGGCAAUACUUAAGAUGCUGCCGUGAUUACAGGUGGACUUAUUGGCUACCAAAGAGAUGCAAUUGAUGAUGAAAAGCAUGGUCCCUCCUUUCUUGUAACCAAAGUUGAUCUUAAUUGCAAUUUGACAUCCUUCCCUUGGUAGGGAUAGAUUUUCUUUGGAUCUUGAGUGCUCUCUUAAAUGGCAAAUUAAGUUGAAAAAAUACUGCCAAUCCAGUCCCCUCACUUGUCCUCCAGUGAAUCGUGUAUCAGUCUCCAUAUGCCCACAGCAGCGACGGUCCAGGUCUGGUGGCUUUCCUGUGCACACUGUUGCCAGAUUUCAUUUUUUUAGGCAGAGGUUCUGCACUGGAGUGUAGAGAGCUGAAACGGUACCACCUACAGAGGCUGUGUGUUCUCUCUCCCCGCCCCACCCCGUCACCUUUUUCUUUCCCUAUUCAAAACAGCCAAGUCUGUUCCUGUAUUUUGAAUCUUAGAAAAAAGAGAGAAGUGGCUGUUUUGAGUGGUCAGUUCUUUGUAGAAAGGAGAAAAUAUAAUUGUAUUUUUUUACUGGCCUACUUCUAAGUGUCACUGCCUUGGAUUUUCUCUUUUUCAAGGAUUAGAACUAGGAGGACACAACCAGCCCUCAGAAACCUGGUAGCUGGGUACUGAACACGGGAACUGUGUGUCAACAGCCCAAGCCCCCAGGGGGUGUUCCUGCCUGGGGGCCCCUCAGCCCCUUGGGAGAUUGAGGAUAAUGACCAAAUUCAUCCAAAACUGCUGCAGGGUAAGGCAGAGCCUCUGUCGGUGUUCUGCAGGAGAACCUUCGUGCAUUACAAAGUUUCUGCUCAGUACAGAAUGGUCCCCAUCACCCGAAGAGCGCUGUUGGAGAUGCUAUAAAAUUAAAACCAGUGAUGCCGCCCCUUUGUAUCUGAGGCAUCUAGAUUCACCGAAGCAGACCGGAGGGAAAUUUGUGACUUGUAAGAAAGGGCUAGACAACCAGAAGGAAUUUUCUAGAUAUGCUCAGCCUGACACAAGGAGACUGGCUUUGAUCUGUUUUCUAAUAGUAUCUUCUAGCAAGUUGGAAGUCUCAUGGGUAACACUGCAGUUCCCUUGGUUCAGUUGCCUGACAGUGAUUUUAAAUGUCCCUUUUUCUGGAUCCUUUGUAAACAUGAAAUCAUUCCAUGGAUGGCUGCCUUAUAAUUUUGUCUCUUUCCACUUUAAUUGUGAACAGUUAAAAAAACAUUUUUUUGGCUGUUUUCUGAUUUAUGAUAUUAAAUUUUUAUUAGUGCAUA